UCAGCUGCUGGAUGCUGGCGGGUGUCACAUAGGGGCAGUUUGCCCCCAAAUUAGAACAAUUCAGCCCCUAUCCUGCUAGCGUGCAAAUGGAUUUCCUCCAAUGCAUUUUUCCCUCCCCCAAGUCCUUCUGAAACCAACAAGACUGGGGUUAUGAAGUCAAUCCUAGAUGGCCUCGCAGAUACAACUUUCCGAACAAUCACGACAGAUCUCCUUUACGUGGGCUCCAACGAUAUCCAGUACGAAGACAUGAAAGGCGACAUGGCAUCCAAGCUGGGAUACUACCCCCAGAAGUUCCCCCUCUCUUCCUUCAGGGGUGAUCCUUUCCAAGAAAAAAUGACUGCGGGAGAUGAUCCCCUGUUGAGCAUUAUUCCCUCCGAUCAGGUCAACAUCACAGAGUUUUACAACAAGUCCCUGUCCACGCUUAAGGAUAAUGAGGAGAACAUACAGUGUGGGGAGAACUUCAUGGAUAUGGAGUGCUUUAUGAUCCUGAACCCCAGCCAGCAGCUGGCCAUUGCCGUGCUGUCACUCACCCUGGGCACCUUCACGGUCCUGGAGAACCUCCUCGUCCUGUGCGUCAUCCUCCACUCCCGAAGCCUCCGGUGUAGACCCUCCUACCAUUUCAUUGGCAGCCUGGCUGUGGCCGACCUCCUGGGCAGCGUGAUUUUUGUCUACAGUUUUGUGGAUUUCCAUGUUUUCCACCGGAAGGACAGCCCCAACGUCUUCUUGUUCAAACUGGGUGGAGUUACAGCCUCCUUCACCGCCUCCGUAGGUAGCCUUUUCCUCACGGCAAUAGACCGGUACAUAUCUAUACACAGGCCACUAGCUUACAAAAGGAUUGUUACCCGACCAAAGGCUGUCGUAGCGUUUUGUGUGAUGUGGACCAUCGCUAUUGUAAUAGCUGUUCUUCCUCUGCUCGGCUGGAACUGCAAAAAGCUCAAUUCUGUUUGUUCGGACAUAUUCCCUCUCAUCGAUGAGACAUACCUGAUGUUCUGGAUCGGGGUCACCAGCAUCCUCUUGCUGUUCAUUGUCUAUGCCUACAUGUACAUACUGUGGAAGGCUCACAGCCACGCUGUUCGCAUGAUUCAGCGGGGCACACAGAAAAGCAUAAUCAUCCAGUCUACGGAGGAUGGUAAGGUACAGAUCACUAGGCCCGAUCAAACUCGAAUGGACAUCAGGUUAGCCAAAACCUUGGUCCUUAUCCUAGUCGUUUUAAUCAUAUGCUGGGGCCCUCUCCUCGCCAUCAUGGUGUACGAUGUCUUUGGGAAAAUGAACAAGCUCAUCAAGACUGUCUUUGCCUUCUGUAGCAUGCUCUGUUUGCUGAAUUCGACAGUGAAUCCCAUCAUCUACGCUCUGAGGAGCAAGGACUUGCGACACGCCUUCCGCAGCAUGUUCCCCACCUGCGAAGGAACUGCGCAGCCCCUCGACAACAGCAUGGAGUCUGACUGCCAGCACAAACACGCCAACAACGCGGGGAAUGUGCACAGGGCUGCCGAGAGCUGCAUUAAGAGCACAGUUAAGAUUGCCAAAGUUACCAUGUCUGUCUCCACGGACACAACUGCCGAAGCGUUGUAAGUCACAGACUUCUCAGCAUUGCGAGAAAAGGAGUUAGUUUAAAAAAAAAAAAAAAAAUAACAACAGAGAAAACCAAACCCGUGGCUUAACGUGUUUGUACCCUCCUGUAAUAUUUUUUUUGGUUUGUCAUUGUAAGCUGAGCAAUGAUUGUGUUAAGAGCAUUACCAUCAGCCAGUUCUUCAGGUUUUACAAUUAGGGAUUCAAAUUUUCAAAAGUUUUUUUCUCAAAAAGUGUUUACUGAAUAAUAGUAAGUUUCCUGAAAGAGCACAGAGAAAAUACCAGGUUAGCAACGGUUCCUUUUGGGGUUGUGAAGAAAAAUUGUGAAACCUAAUUGAAAACUAAUGCAUCCUAAACCAAUACCACGAAAUAAGAAAAAAAGCCUUGUAAUCAUGCUGUUCAUUUCAAUGUGAAGUGUAUUUCACGUCUGUAAGUAAUAAGAGUUUUUGAUUUUUUCCAAAAGCGGCAGUGCUGAGUUUUAGAGGUUUUGUAAAACGUGUCGUGUCCUGUGAAUUGUAUGCUGUUUUAUUCUGUGUUAUUGAUAUUUGUCUGAUUAAACAAAGUGAUAAGGUAGACUUCCGUGGAAGUAAUGUGAAAUGUGAUAUGUAAACCCCAUUGAAAACACUUACUGUAUUUGAAGAAUUCCUAUGAGCUAUUUUGGAAAUUUUACACUUUUAGUGGUCUUCUGUGGACUUAGAGGAGAGGCUUUGUGUUCUACUAAAAUUAUUUCCCCACUACCUUUAUACUUUCACAUGCAUACGAGCGUAACAGCAACAAAGGAAUAGAGGAGGAAAGUAAGAGAGGAAUGCAUUGGUUCAGACUUUUAAAUACCACUGCAUUUAUACAGAAGGACGUUUAUGGUUUUACAGACUAUCGCCCUGCUCUUGGGCGUUGCGUGAACACGAACACUGAAAAGCGAAGGUCCUGGAUAUUGGCUCCUUUAACAGGCAACUGGUUUGAAGCCACGUGCUGGUGCUGGACCACUGAAGACAGCAUGUGUCAGACUCAAUGUGCGAUGUUAUCACUGUGCAGUCAAUGUAUACUUGAAGUGUGUCGCAUUCCUGUAUCCCAGGUUUAAGCAGAUUCAGAGCCUGAGAUGCCAAACUCCCGUCUUCACUAAAAGAGGAGGAAAUAUUGUCAGACUUAGACAUUUUCUUAUUGUGUGAGCGUGUAUAUAAAUAAAUAUCUAUGUGUGUGUA